GUCUCUCUAAUUUUAUCCUUAUCAUUAAAUUAAAGAAUAAAAGCAUUGGAUAAGGGUGAGAGGUUAAUCUAUGUUUGGGUAGAGAUUAGGAUAAGGAUUAAGAAUUGGGAAAUUACCAUUGAAGAUUGCUUAACAUGGUUUGGAAUAAUGAUGGAAUAGUAUAGAGAUAAAUAAAAAAUGGAAAUUUGGGGGCUAGCCCCUCGUGUGCACCAAAAAAAAAAAAGAAAAAAAAAAUGGAAAUUGAAGUUAGAAACCCCAAGAAAGAGAGAGGAGGUUGAUGGAGUUGUUGGUAAAUACUUGUAAUAAAUAAAAAUUCUGAUAGAGCUGCAUCCACAUCAUCAUCAUCAUCAUCCCUCCACAAAUAUGAGUAUAGUAGUGUUGAGUAAUGGUGAAUAGAAUUGUGAUCAGAGAUGUUGCUGAGAAAGGUGUGGGAAUCAAUAGUGCCUGGUAAUAGCAGUAGCAGCAAUCGAAAUCCAGCAACAAGAGUAACAACAGGCAUAGGCAGCUUGGAUGUUUUACCGGAAGACGUGCUCGGAAUAAUCCUGAGAAAAUUAGGGCCAGAAGACGCCGGCAAGCUUUGUGUGGUUUGCAGAAGCUGGAGACGAAUUGUGAUUUCUGACAAUCGUCUUUGGAUAAAUAUCUUCCAAACAAACCCUAAUAAUUUAUGGGAUUUGGACUCCAUUUUCUUCUCUGAAAUUCAAUUGCCACGCCAGUUGUCAGUCUCAGUCUCUCUGAUGCAUCUUUAUGGGCAGCGGGCUAAAGUGCCCGGUGCUGUUAUUGUUGAUGGUGGCUCUGGCUACUGCAAGUUCGGUUGGAGCAAGCAUCCGCGUCCAUCUGGGAGAUCUGCCACCUUCUUGGAAUUUGGUAACAUCGAAGCCCCAAUGUACUCUCGGCUUCGUCAUUUUUAUGCCACCAUUUACAGCAGGAUGCAAGUAAAAUCUACCGCUCAACCAAUUGUUGUUUCUAUCCCUAUCUGUCAUUAUGAUGACACAGAAUCUGCUAAAGCAUCAAGAAGGCAACUUAAAGGAGCAAUAUAUUCAGCACUUUUUGAUAUGAAUGUGCCUUCUGUUUGUGCAAUAAAUCAGGCUACUCUAGCAUUAUAUGCUGCAAGGAGAACUUCAGGAAUUGUGGUUAACAUUGGUUUCCAUCAAACAUCAGUUGCGCCAAGUAUAAUAUGCUGUCUUCUAAUGUUGCAUCAUGCCUGUGCUUUUCCUCACUUUCUUCAUGGAAAAAUAAUGCGCAAAGUGGGAGUUGAAGUUGUUGGCAUGGGGGCAUUAAAGCUUACGGGAUUUCUUAGAGAGCAGAUGCAGCAGCAGAACAUCUAUUUCGAGUCUUUGUACACUGUUCGUGAACUUAAGGAGAAUCUUUGUUAUGUGGCUCUUGAUUAUGAAGCUGAACUUUCUAAAGAUACACUACGGUCUUAUAAAGUACCAAGAGAGGGUGUUUUUGCACUUUCUAAAGAGCGCUUUCAAACAGGAGAGAUCUUAUUCCAACCACGUCUUGCUGGAGUACGUGCAAUGGGACUGCACCAGGCAGUUGCACUCUGUAUGGAACAUUGCCAUGCUGCAGAACUGAUGGGUGAUGACAAUUGGUUCAAGACAGUGGUGUUAUGUGGUGGAACUGCAUGCUUACCUGGAUUAGCUGAAAGGCUAGAGAAAGAAUUGCAUGAGCUUCUUCCUCUGUACUUAACAACUGGAAUUAGUGUAAUUCCUCCUCCUCAUGGCGUUGAUUCUGCCUGGCAUGGUGCCAGGCUGAUAAGCAAUAUGGACCCCCUUUUUUUUUUGGUAGUUGAGCACCUUCCCAGGAGCAUGGUGCAUGACUAAAAAGCAAUUGAAGCAUAAGUAUCGAAGGAAUCGUUUAGGUUCAUGAUGAUGGCAUGAUAAAUUGUUGGGAAGUUACAAUGUCUUAUUUUUUUCUUGAGUAUGACAGUCUGUAAUCGUUCACAGCAACCAGGCUGAACAUACCGAAAGUUACAGGGUUCAUUGAUCUCAACUUGUUAAGUGGUCUGAAUUUGAACAUACCGAAGUGCUUGCUCCAUACUAAUGUGUAUAAGUGUAUAUAAUAUAAGUGGUUGUAUUAUGUAAGAAGAUUGGCUUUUGUAUGUUUAUCUGGAUGAAUUGGAUAUGUAUAGCAAGAGUAAGAUAAAGAAAUUUACAGAACAUAAAU